CUUGAACUGUCCACUGAUGUGUAGUAAAUGAAUGCUGCUUUGAUACCAACCAACACUACUUACGAUAAACAACAAGAAAUAAAAUAUUAAUUAGUAUAUCAGUUAUUAAAAUGAAUAAGCAUAAAUUAAUUAAUAUUCUAUUUAUAUUUAUUACAAAUUAUAUUUGUGUAUUAACGCAAGACAUUGGAUUUCCUGAACAGGAACAAAAUCCAGAAUUCCUAAACAAAAAUAAUCGUCAACCAAUUUAUAUACCAGGAAGGUGUCCACAAAAUGAAUUAUUGUAUCCAGGAGAUCAUGCGGAUGAUUGGAUAUGUGAUUGUGCUCCAGGUUUCUUAUACUAUCCACUAAGAAAUUUAUGUUAUCCAGCAUAUAAACAAGGACCAUGUGAAAAAAAACAAUAUUUAGUAUUACAAUCGGAUUCAUCCAUACCAAAAUGUAUAUCGAAUCCAUGUCAAAGAAAUGGUUACGUAUUUUAUCAAAACAUGUGUCAUCAAUUGGGAAAAUUAGAUGGACCUUGUGGUUUAAUAAGUACAGGAAAUGGUAUAUUAGGUGUAAAUAGUACAACUUUUGAUGUUGAAUGUUUACCAUCUAGCGUAAGUCCACAAUUAAGUUCGUAUAACGAUCCAAUAUACAACGAUUUUUGCCCUUCAAAUAGCCGUCGCAAUUAUAAUGGUAAAUGUAAUCGUUCUGUCAUCGUUAAAUGAUUAACUAAGAGGUUAUUUAU